GUGCAACAUGGCAGCUAUCAUGGAGACCAGCAUGAGCAAUAUGCUGCAGUUUAUGAAACUUAUCGGACAGCUUAAAAGGGUUCCGAGGACCGGCUGGGUGUACAGGAAUGUCAAACAACCAGAGAGUGUUUCAGAUCACAUGUACCGGAUGGCCAUGAUGUCCCUGACUAUCACUGACCCUUCAGUGGACAAGGACAGGUGUAUAAAGUUGGCUCUUGUUCAUGACAUGGCAGAGUGCAUUGUGGGAGAUAUCGCUCCCUCAGACAACAUCAGUAAAGCAGAGAAGCAUCGACGAGAAGAGGAGGCAAUGAGACAUUUAUCAGGUCUUCUGCCAGAUGGACUCAAACAGGAGGUUUAUGCACUAUGGGAGGAAUAUGAAACCCAGAGCAGUCCUGAAGCCAGACUGGUGAAACAGUUUGACCUCCUGGAGAUGAUUUUACAGGCUCAUGAAUAUGAAGAGCUGGAAGGAGCUCCUGGAAGACUGCAAGAAUUCUUUGACUCCACCAAUGGUCGGUUCCACCAUCCAGAUGUUCUCCAGUUCGUCAAAUGUUUAAAUGAGGAGCGAAGAUCUCCCAACACUAAAGAAACAAAACCUUCUGGGAACUCACAGACUGCAGGUGCAGAUAGCGCUCCAUCAAACAGCACAACACAGGACUCCUGACUGUAGAGAAACCAGGACCUGUACUGAAGACUGCAUUUACAGGGACACGCAUGCAAUAAACAAACUGUUCUAGAAACGAAAGAACUGAGGCGGAAAUGUCUCUCACGCAUUUGUUUCAUUUUUCCCUCGCGACUGAUUCUGUUUGAGUUUAGUUCUGCUGUAAAAGCACAACUGGGCGACUCUGGUCCUGCUCUUAAAAGGGUAAAUUUAAAUUGUAAAAUGACCUACUAUUAUCAACAAAAUGUGAAAAAUAAAGUAAUGAUAUCAUGUUAAAGACGACAAGAGAUGUUAGGUGAUAUUUAGUGUUAACAUUCAUCAUUUUUAAUCUGGUACAAAUUGCCUCUUUAGUAGCUGAAAUGAGAAAAGUGUAACUAUCGGUUGCUUUUGUCAGACUUUGUUUUAUUACUGUUUGACAAUGUAUUAAUUCAUCUGGCAGUUACAUCACAAACCUUCAACAAGCUGCUUCACCAUCAGAAAAUUCAUUUCCACGUUAGUGUUACAUGCAUUUUCAGAAUAUGUUAAAUAAUAGAUUUGAAAGUAGGAACGCUGGGUGGUUAGUUUUACUGGUAAAUGAGACACCGUUCAUAUGUCCAUUAGCUUUGACUACAGUCGGGUGUAUGUUUGGUUUGAUUUCAUGUUUAAUAUCUUUACAGCAGCAAAACUGUUCACUGUGAUUGUAUGUGAUUCCUUACGUGGAUACAGAUGAGUUUGUCAUUUUAACAUCACAGUUAGUUUUAUGAGCAUAUGUUCAAGUUUUUAGUAGUAGUUUGAACUCCUGGAACUGUAUUUUAUGUUGAAAAUAUUAACUGGUUAUAGUAUUUUGUUACCUCACUCGUCUGAUUUUGGACAGAUUUUGACCACUUUCUCAUGCUGCAAAAAAAAUGUUUCCAUACUUGAAUUUUGACAUGAGUUUUAAUAAAUACAUUUCAUGACUUAUGAAGUGAUCCUGACCAACUUCUCACACCACAGCAAAAAAAAUCAAACAAAAAACACAAUGGACAAUUGUUUGUGAAAAACUAAACAGGAAACAGAUGCAUCUAUUGAAAACAGGUUUGAUGGGAAAGUUAUGCAGUCAGACACUGUUUUAGAAAGUGAAGAAUACUUUUUACUUUUAAUGGCACCAGCUGAUGUGAUCUUUUCACUUUGAAUGAGUUCUGAACCAGGAGGAAGAUGCAGAAAUCAGGUCUGAGACUGUGUAUCCAGAGAAUAAUUGAAAUGUAUUGUACUGGUCAUGUUACAGUCGAGGGUUGUAUUACAGCAAUGCUGCAGCUACAGUAUGACGUUGCAUUAAUGUAAUAGACUGUGUAUCAGUUACAUAGUAAUAGGCGUUAUAUUUUCCAUCCUGUGACUCAGCAGGAGACAUUAAAAACACUUCUAUGUCAUCUGGACCACUUUCAGGUUAAAGAUUUAUUUUAAAGAUGUGUGCAUGAAACUCAAAACAGCUUCAAACACAACAUGUGCCCAAUUAGAUUAGUUUUAGACAGAAAUAUCCUCCAACAUUUGCAUUAAUUGGAAUAAAAAUGCAUAUAAGUAAUGUUGCAGCGUUAAAAAAAAUAAUAAUUUAGAUCCUGUGAAAGUGUUUCACAAAACCAGAUCUGCACCAAAUCAAUAAAAGUCCAGUGGUUUUUUUUUUGUUUGUUUGUUUGUUUGUUUUCAUACUCACUGUAUAGGGCACAUAUAUCGUGUUUGAUUACUUCUUGCAAACUAAGUAUUAAUUAAAAGCAAAUACACACAGUUUGAGCCACCUCAAACAUCAACA